AUGAUACAGAUAUCACUACAUCUAUUUGCCUCUUCUCUCUUUGUGUCCAGCAGGCCAGCGAGACACAUUGCUUUUGAGCGAGCUGUGAGACUGCCGGCAAUCAAGAAUAUGGAGUCUGAACUCAUCCAUAACGGCAUCUCGCAAGUCUAG